UUCACUUUUCUUUAAAAUACUAUAUAUAUUUUUUAUGCAAUAUGCCCAAAAAAAUAAUGACUGAAACAGCGCCUUUUUUGCGUAAAAAGUUUAUUUUGGAUAAUGUACAUGUAAGUUUGUAAUUUCCAUACAUAUAUAUAUAUAUAUAUAUAUUUGAUGUAACACUCGAGAUCAUGUCCAGACCUAACAGUGUGAGCCCACCCGGCGCUAGCGCGCCUGGACUGAGGGGAGGGACGGAACUCAGAUCUGCUUGGGGUGAGUCGGAGCCCGUGGCGAACGGAUGUCCAUACUCGGCCAGAUCCUCCAGCAGAAAGCUCAUACGGUCCAACAGUCGCUGGAUAGAGGAGGAUGACUUCGAGCGACCACCGGGCCGAGCCACGACCACCGUCAGCCGGGUUAGUUUCAGAUCCAAGUCUGCGUGGCAAGAACAUGGGGAGGAGAGUCGCAACAAUAACCGAUCGUCUCCGAGGUACCGAGAUGGAGACGUGAGACCCAAGUCAGUGGAGUUGGGUUUGAAGGGCAGGAGAAGCAAGUUUAAGCCCGAGGAGGAGCUAAUGCCUGAAGUGGUGAACUUUUCCAUGGUCGCGUGCUGCCACGGCGUGAUGCAGAUCUUCAAAUCCAAGAAAUUCCAGUCGGAGAAGUUGGAGAGGCUUUACCAGCGCUACUUCUUCCGGCUCAACCAGAGCAGCCUGACGAUGCUCAUGGCCGUACUAGUGCUGGUGUGCGCGGUGAUGCUGGGCUUCCACCUCGCCGGAGGAGAGUAUCAGCUAAUUUACGUGGUGGUUUUCUCCACGGCGAUCUUGCUCAUCCUCACGCUUAUUCUCGUGUGCAACAGGAACGGCUUCCAUCAAGAUCACAUGUGGAUAAUUUGCUAUGUGGUCAUUUUGGUGGUGCUGCUCGUGCAGGUGAUCGGCGUGCUGUUCGUGGAGCCGCGGAGCGCGUCUGAAGGCAUCUGGUGGACCGUGUUCUUCAUCCAUGUGAUUUACACUCUUCUGCCGGUGCGGAUGAGAGCAGCGGUCAUCACUGGAAUUAUACUGUCUGCAGUACACGUGCUGGUCUCAUGGAAGUUAAACGAAAUGGACGUGUUUUUAUGGAAACAGCUUGUGUCCAACGUCCUGAUCUUCUCCUGCACUAAUAUAGUUGGUGUGUGCACACACUACCCAGCAGAAGGCUCACAGAGACAAGCUUUUCAGGAGACCAGAGAAUGUAUUCAAGCUCGAUUGCACUCUCAGAGAGAAAACCAGCAACAGGAACGCCUCCUACUCUCUGUGCUUCCUCGACAUGUCGCCAUGGAGAUGAAAGCCGACAUAAAUGUCAAACAGGAGGAUAUGAUGUUCCACAAGAUUUACAUUCAGAAGCAUGACAAUGUCAGUAUUCUCUUUGCUGACAUCGAGGGUUUCACCAGUCUUGCUUCCCAGUGCACUGCCCAGGAGUUAGUGAUGACCCUCAACGAGCUCUUCGCACGAUUUGACAAACUGGCCGCCGAGAAUCACUGUCUACGCAUAAAGAUCCUGGGCGACUGCUACUACUGUGUGUCUGGACUGCCAGAGGCCCGAGCUGACCAUGCGCACUGCUGCGUUGAGAUGGGAGUGGACAUGAUUGAAGCCAUCUCGUUGGUGAGGGAAGUCACCGGUGUCAACGUCAACAUGCGUGUGGGCAUACACAGUGGGCGAGUCCACUGUGGGGUGCUGGGAUUAAGGAAGUGGCAGUUUGAUGUCUGGUCCAACGAUGUCACCUUGGCCAAUCACAUGGAAGCUGGGGGCAAAGCAGGGCGUAUCCAUAUCACUAAGGCCACCCUGAACUACCUAAAUGGGGAUUAUGAUGUGGAACCUGGAUUUGGUGGAGAGAGAAACAUCUAUCUCAAGAAGCACAACAUUGAAACCUACCUUAUAGUUGGCUGCAGCCAGAAACGGAAAGAAGAAAAGGCCAUGAUUGCUAAGAUGAACCGGCAGCGAACCAACUCAGUCACCCAUAAUAGCACUCACUGGACCGAUCGGCCCUUCUACAAUCACCUGGGUGGCAAUCAGGUUUCUAAGGAGAUGAAGAGGAUGGGAUUUGAAGAUCCAAAAGACAAACAUUUCAUUUUCAGAAACACGCAAGAAAACCUGAACCCUGAAGAUGAGGUAGAUGAGUUCCUGGGUCGCGCCAUUGAUGCCCGGAGCAUCGACCGGUUACGGUCUGAACAUGUCAAGAAGUUUCUGCUGACUUUCCGAGAACCUGACCUGGAGAAGAAGUACUCCAUACAGGUAGACUCCAGGUUCGGAGCAUAUGUAGCCUGCGCUUCCCUCGUCUUUUUAUUCAUCUGCUUCAUUCAGAUCGUCAUUGUACCACACUCAAAGCUGAUGGUGGUCUUCUAUAUACUGUGUCUGGUCCUCCUGAUGGUUGUCAUGUUCAUCUCGGCCAUUUACUCCUGUUUUGGGUUUUUCCCUGUGGCUCUACAAACUAUGUCCAAAAGGAUUGUUCAGUCCAGACUCAACAGCACCCUAGUGGGGGUUUUUACAAUCGUCCUGGUCUUUCUAUCCGCUUUCAUUAACAUUUUCACCUGCAGUACAGAUGACCUGAAGACGUGUUUAAGGCAGGAGUUUAAUAUCAGCCCCAGUAAAGUGAAUGCUUGCCAUGUCCUCAGUUCUUCCUUUAACUACUCUCUCUGGUCUCAAGAAAGUCUGUGCAACAGCUUGUCACCCACCUGCAAUUUCCCAGAGUACUUCUCCUCGUGUGUGCUGCUGAGCUUGCUGGCAUGCUCAGUGUUCCUGCAGGUCAGCAGUAUUGGGAAACUUUUUCUCAUGCUCUUCAUUGAGGUCCUGUACGUGCUCAUCAUUGAGGUACCUGAGGUCAGCAUAUUUGACAAUGUGGAUCUGCUGGUCAUGGCCAAUGCCAUUAAAUUCAUCAAUGGAACAAGCUGUGAGAAAGAAAUGCGGGUUCCUCUGAAGAUCAUGACUCCAGUUGUCAUUACAGUCUUUGUGCUGGCACUGUACCUUCACGCACAGCAGGUGGAGUCCACUGCCAGACUGGACUUUCUCUGGAAGUUACAGGCUACAGAGGAGAAGGAGGAGAUGGAGGAACUUCAGGCCUACAACCGUCGGCUCCUCCACAACAUUUUGCCCAAAGACGUGGCCGCACACUUUUUGGCGCGCGAGCGGCGGAACGAUGAGCUGUAUUAUCAGUCAUGUGAAUGUGUGGCUGUGAUGUUUGCCUCCAUCAGCAACUUCUCUGAGUUCUAUGUGGAGCUGGAGGCCAAUAAUGAAGGUGUGGAGUGCUUGAGACUGCUCAACGAGAUCAUCGCUGACUUUGAUGAGAUCAUUAGUGAGGAUCAGUUUCGUCAACUAGAAAAGAUCAAGACCAUUGGCAGCACAUAUAUGGCUGCAUCUGGCCUUAACGACUCCACUUAUGAUAAGGCAGGAAGGUCGCACAUUCGCGCCUUGGCAGACUACGCCAUGCGCCUCAUGGACCAGAUGAAGUACAUCAAUGAGCACUCUUUCAAUAACUUCAAAAUGAAGAUUGGUCUCAACAUGGGUCCCGUCGUGGCUGGUGUCAUAGGAGCCCGUAAACCGCAAUAUGACAUAUGGGGGAAUACUGUUAAUGUAGCCAGCCGGAUGGACAGCACUGGGGUACCUGAAAGAAUACAGGUCACAACAGACCUUUACCAGGUUCUCAGCUCGUAUAACUACACACUGGAGUGCAGAGGCGUUGUUAAAGUGAAGGGCAAAGGAGAAAUGACAACCUACUUCCUGAACGGGGGACCCAACAGCAGUUAACACUCAGUGUCUGAUAUUUAGAACGGUUGAGAUGAAAUGAGGAGCAGACGCCAGGGGCGUGGCCAGGCUGUUGAUGGGCAUCCUCCUGGAGAAAUCAGAAAAGGAUUUGUUCAGAAAACAGCCUUAACGAAAUCAGCAAAUGGCCUCUUUGCACACUGAGACAUCCUAUAGGAUUAAUGGAGGGCUACACCCCCUUUACUUAAGGUAUGGAACAGUUCAGAAGGACAGUCCAUCCACAGAAACAAGGUCAACUGAAGAGACCAAAGAAACAAAAGGAAUCUCAAGGCAUACAAAGCAGUUCUCCCAUUCUUAUAUUUCUUAUAUUACCAAGAGAGGACAGAUGUGCCUGACUUUGGCGCUCUCAGGUGAUAAGUGUGGCAGGACUGCGUUCCUAUUCGACCAACUGAUUCCGGUGGAUCCAAAACAAAACUGCAUGAAAACACUAAAGCCUAUAUACCUGUAGAACACAGCUGUUUUAUGUGUAUAUAAUUCAACGGUGGUUGUGAAGAGUACUGUUUAUGGAGUCUUGUUGCAUUCAAAACUGUCUAUGUGAUAUCACAAUACAUAGAGAUAUCACAAUGAGCUAAUACAUGGGUAGAGGGCCAUAAUGGGCACAGCAGCUCUAUAAACCCUUUAUGGUUUCCCGAACUCUUCUGCAGCGACUGUGGUUGUUACUGGUAAGAGAGCUUGAGUCGACAGUAUUACCUCUCUUAGUGCUAAAGAGUCGUAAUGCUAUGUUAUUGUGUGUCCCGAACACACACACUUACAUUCACACCCACUCACACACACACUCGUGUCUACACUGAAGACACUUUUAAAGACAGAGGAAAAUGUGGCUGUUUUUGUAUUUUGAACAUUUUAUAUUUUGACUCCAAAAGCCAAACUGUGUCACAGCUAUUUUAGAUUAUAUAUUUUGUACAAUAAUAUAUUAGAAUGAUGUCUAUAAACAAUAUAUAUAUAUAUAUAGACCUUAUAGAAUGCUACAAUCCUGCACAUUUUUAAAAGGAGGAGCAUUUUUGGGUCGGGCUGCUGGCCAUGUAACUAAGAAUGUUUGGCCUUCCUUCAAAAAGGGUUUCGGUAUCCUAUGGCAAACACAUCUGCAAACAUUAAUUUUCACCUUGUGUUUAGGGUGUACGGUUGAGUUUGGACCCUCUAGUGCAGGUUUAUUUAACUUCAGUCCUGGUGGACCACUGUCCUGCAUAGUUUAGUUCCAACCCUAAUCAGACACACCUGCCUGUUAUAUUUAAGUAAUCAUUAAGUAAUAAUUAUUCCAUGGUUGAGGUGUGUUUGUUAAGGAUUGGAGCUAAAUUCGUUAGGGUGGUGGCCCUCCAGGACCGGAGUUAAAAUGCCCUGCUUCAGAGAAAUGUUUUCUGUUAUUCCACAUAUCUUUGCCAUUUUUGCACUGCAGCUCAUCAAGCCUUUCCCUACCCUCGCUGUUCAGUCUGAUGGUACGACCCAAUGAAUGUCCAUUUUCUCCAAUGAGGCCUUUGUAUGUAAAGAAGCGGAGCUUGUCCGCCAGUGGCUUUUCCAGAAACAUGGCUCUGGGUGUGCCAUGGAAAAACAGAGUGUGCAAGAAUCUGAAGCACAAUAAUGUGACAUGUACCGUUAACAACCAUUGCAUUAAUGUCCUUUUAGUUCUAAAUUAUUUUUCAGGCCAGUGUUACGUUAUAAUGACUUAAAGCUGAACUAUGUAACUUGUUCAGUUAAAAUACUUUCUCUUAUCCCAGCUUAAAAUGCAGAGAUAACAAUAAGUAAGCCAUUCAUAGGUUAAAGGUGCACACAGUAAGUUUUUAUUCAUGUCGUCUUGGACUUACACUGACACCUAGGGGCAUGGAUGCAGUAUCAUUUAAACACAAUAGUUUUCAGUUAUAGAUGCCAUUGUAGAAAAUCAGUACUCACAGUAAACCAUGAUUAAUUUAAUCCACAAGUGAACAUGCCCAAUAACUGGGUGGUUACUGAGAUUAAGUGAGUAGUAUUUGGCUGGUCAUGUGAUCUUAACAUGGCAGCCCCCAUGAGGGGGCCCUCUCCAUGUAGAAUAAAACAGCUUUUAUUAGGUUACUGAUAUGACUAGAGUCUUCAUCUCAAGUGAGUCAUCAUGAUUUUAUACAAUUGUUUCAAAAUUACUAUGAAUUUAUUUAGGACUAAAACUUUUUUUUUAAUGAGAAAAACAUUAGCAUUUGUUGGGGGUGGAGCUAUCAACAGCUUAAGAAGGGUGUGUUCAGAAAACUGUUUUAAAAAAAAAUUGCAAAUCCACUCAGUGGCACAUACUUUAGCUUUAAUGUAGGCCUUUGGUCAAUGGAGUUGGUAGGCCUGUUAAUGUAUCCAGUUAUUAGGCUUAUAUUUACUAUUUUUAGUCAUGACAACUGAAAUCUGUCACAAAUUGAUUUGAUUGUUUUGGAACGAUUUAUAAUUAUUUUCCAAAAUAUGCUGAAGACACAAAAUGUACAUGGAGUGGCAAUUUGCACUGUACAGGAAUAUUGAUUAAAAAUACACAAGGCUUUACAUUGACUAGAUCAAAAAUAUAAUUUUGGAUAAGAAAUUGAUGUGUGAUGCAUUGUGGAACAGAAGAACAACAGUCAGAAGAUUCAAAAUCUCUAUUGAAGAUUCUUUAUAUUUAGGAAGCACCGAGAUGUUUGGUUUAUGCGUGACUGCAAAUAUAAACAGAAAAAAUUAUAUUAAUGUUACAUUAAUCAUUUAGCCUGUUUGAUUAAAGAAUAACAAUGGAAGCAAAAUUCAGUGGGUCCACUCAGUAUUUCUGUGUUGCGCUGACACCUACAAUAGUGGCGAAGAUGCAGCAUCACACAAGAGUCAAAGGGCCUAUUUAGCCACUUCAUGAGUUUUUACUGAUCGGAUUGCUAUCCGAUUGAAAAAGUUCAUUCCAUUAACACUCGGCCACAUCAAUGUGUCUCUGCCAAACAGAUAUAAAUCCAAUCUUCAAUUCCCGCACUAAAUGCAAAUAAAACAGAGUUCACUUCCAUGAUUAUGCUAAGUCCGGGCAGUGAAUUUAAAAGAUGUGCUUUUAUACUUGAUUCCAUGUAAAUUUGCACAGCGCACGUGUCUGUGUAAGGGACACACUCAGGGCUUCUCGUAAGAUGCGUCAGCUGUGCUCAUGUCUGUGUUUAGUUUCAGUUUCAUCAGUGAUCUGCAUCAAAUAAAUGAGGAAAAAUGUUCUCUAUCUCCUACAACGUGCAUUCAUUUCUUCCUUUGUUAUUAUUUACUGUGCAACACGAGCCCUAUGCAAAUAAUUUGGUGACCGCUGUUAUGUUUCGCAUUUUUCCUAUGCUGACCUAGCGCUGUUCGGGCAUGGUAAAGUUUACAUAUGUGACUUGAACAGCCAGAUUAAUUUAGACUUGACCAGUUUUGUCUAGAAUGCGUCUCAGACUGCCUCCUGAAGUGGUCUGAGUGAUCCUAUUGCAAUCCGUCUCAAAUGCAUUUUGGAGGGCAUUUAAACCUGUUCUUUUCAUGAUCGGAUAGCUAUCUGAUCAGUGAAAACGCAUUAAGUGGCCAAGUGUAAACAGGCCCAAAGAGUGCCAUUGUUGAGAGCGCGCAUGUAAUCUGCGACGGCCUCAGAAAAAACAAACAACCCUUUGGGUGGGCAAGCUGACAUUUUGGGUGGCAUUUGCACACCCUGGCACACCCAUGGCUACGCCACUGCACACACGUAUCCAUACACACUCCAUAAAGUGACAUUAUAUGUUUGUUUGUUUUUACAUGAUUGCUUUUCCUGUUUCAGAUCUUCAGUGUAAGAAUUGCAAAGUACAUUCAGAUAGGAUUACAAUAUAAUAUGUUGGAUCUGUAUGUAAUAAUCUGCAUUUCCCAAGCCUGUCUCAAACAUUAAACUAAACUAUUUGGUCCUCUUAUCACUUCUCAAAACUUGGACCCACCUGGGCUUUCAGAGUCACCCCAGUUUUUACUUUCCUCGAAAUAAUCAGUGCCAUAUUCUUACCCUUAAUUUUAAAAUAAAACUUGGUUGAAUGUUUUUGUAUUUCAUGUCAUGAUAUAGCUACUUGUAGUGCUAGGUGAUGUUGGUACCAUAUGAAUUCUUAAGUUGAAUGAAUUCCCUGUUUCAUCCAAACAAAGAGAAAACAGGUAAAAGAUUUCCACUAAUUACCAUGUAUUCUACACUGCUGAGAGGGCUACUGGUGCUUACUAUUCAAGUGGAUUGUCCGAUUCACUAGAGCUACUUUCUAGGGUUUUCUUUGCUUCUCUGACAUGUCAAAACUCCAAAAAAAUAAAAAAAAAAGUUCUUUUUUUUUUUUUCAUCACAAUA